AUGAAACUUACAGCUAUGAUAGAAGCGAAUGAAACCAUCAUUCACGAUUUCAAAAGAGGCCAAGGCAGUAAGCAACCUGGAGGCGCACAGAAAGAUCAAGGUAUUGGGGUAUUCAGCUUCCUAGCUGCAUUAAGCAGCGGAUUCACCAUUUUUACCAUACAGCUUUUUCUCUUCUUAUUACUGCGAAACAGACUUGGCCGUGUUUUCAAACCAAAGAGUAGUUUGACCCCCCAACAUGAACAACCAGAAGAGGAAGGCACGGGCUUUAUUCCUAGAAUGAAGCAGAUAUGUGGUAUGAACGAUCAAGAACUGAUACGUAAAUGUGGACUUGAUGCAUAUUUCUUCCUCCGGUAUCUCAAGACGAUACUUCUUGUUUUUUUGCUAACCGCGGCGCUUGCUAUACCGUCCCUUAUCCCGUUAAAUUACGUCGGCGGGCGUGGCAGUCAAAUUGCUCGUGAUGGAGAAGAUCGACUAAACCAAAGCGCAGCCCAAAUCACUGGCCUGGAUACCUUAACAUGGGCUAAUGUGAAGCCUCAAAACUCCCAACGCUAUUGGGCGCAUUUGUUGAUGGCAAUUGUGGUUGUCGUAUGGACUUGCGCGAUAUUUUUCGAUGAGAUGAGAGAAUACGUCAGAGUCCGACAGGAUUACCUUACUAGCACAGAGCAUCGGCUGCGACCUUCAUCAUCUACUAUCCUAGUCAACUCAAUACCCAAUGAUUUGUGCCAGAAGGCCAAGCUUAAAGAGAUGUUUUCGGUGUUUCCGGGAGGGGUCAAAAACGUGUGGAUCAAUCGGGAUUUCCGUCCUUUACUAAAAAAGAUCAUCCUUCGUAAUGCUAUUCAUCAGCGACUAGAAGCUGCUGAAACUGAUCUCAUUAAAGCCUCUCAACUGGUACACCAGAAACGGCAAAGGAUCUUCAACCAAGAAUCCGGAAAGAAGCGUUUUAGCCAGACCUGUAGCGAGAUCCAAACGAAAGUUUCUGAUGCAAAGAUUUCUGCAGCUCCUCCAAUCUUGAUCAGUGAUUACGAGAAGUGCAGUCAAAAUGAUGCCUGGGCGAGGUUCCUAGAUGAAAAAGAUCGUCCAACUCAUAGAAUACCACGUUUUGGUUGGGACUGGUUGCCCGGAGUUGUCACAUUCGGCAGAAAGGAGGAUACUAUAUACUGGUGUCGACGUAAGCUCGAAAAAUUGAAUUCUGAAAUAAAGUGUGCUCAAGAUAGUCCUGGGAAGUGUUCGAUUGGGAAUUCUGCAUUCAUCCAAUUCCACUCUCAGCUCGCGGCUCACAUGGCUUGCCAAAGCGAGGUCCAUCAUCAACCAGAACACAUGACUCCUAAGGUCAUCGGAUUCUGCCCUGAAGAAAUCAUCUGGAAUAACGUGGCAUUGAAAAAUGGAGAAGAAUGGAUUCGAGCUAUUUUAACAUAUAGUAUCGUCUUCACCAUGAUAUCUCUGUGGUCGAUUCCAGUAGCUUGGACAGGGGCACUCAGUCAGGUUGAUCAGCUAAUUCAACAUUAUGAUUGGUUGACUUUCUUGGAAAAGACAGAAAUCUUGCGAAGUUCUGUAUCCGCAAUUGCAGGCAUAUUACCAACUGCUAUUCUCGCAAUACUUCUUUACAUUUUGCCAUCCCUCUUAGAGGUUUUGGCAGAAUUUAAAGGGGUCAAGACCCUGUCAUUGAGAGAUGAAUUUGUCCAACAAUUUUAUUUCGUAUUUUUGUUCAUACAGCUUUUCCUCGUUGUAUCUAUCGCUUCCUUCUUCACAACCUCUAUUAGAGAGCUUGCUGCAAACGUGGGAGACAUACAGAGGGUUAGUGAUCUUUUGGAUAUUCUUGCUCGAAAUCUUCCGAAAGCAUCGAACUAUUUCUUUUCAUACAUGAUCCUGCAGUCUCUCUCAACCAGUUCCGCCACGCUUCUUCAGAUAAGUAGCUUGUUUGAGCACUACGCCAUCGCUCCGUUAGUAGACAGGACUGCACGAGAUAUAUGGACACGGCGUACAAAGCCACGUUCAAUGAGAUGGGGCUCUAUCUUCCCGGUAUAUACUAACUUUGCAUGCAUUGCGCUGGUCUAUUGUAUAACAUCCCCACUCAUCUCGGCGUUUGCUAUCCUUUUGUUCGGGCUAUUAUGGAUCACUCAACGGUAUACCAUACUUUGCAUUUACCAGGCGGAAUAUGAUGCUGGAGGUGUUCUCUAUCCCCGUGCAAUCAAUCAGACUUUUACCGGAUUAUAUGUGAUGGAACUAUGCCUCGCUGGUUUGUUCUUUAUAGUCAAAGACGAAAGAGGAAGAGCUGCUUGCACGGCACAAGGCAUCAUCAUGGUAUUGGUCUUAGUUGGUACAGUUCUCUUCCAGGUAUUUUUGAAUUGGAGAUUCGGCCCGCUUCUUCGAUAUCUGCCUGUAAAAUUAGGAGACUUUGAUGCAGACGUAUGCCAUCGAAUCCAAACUCUAGGCGAACGUCGUUUCUCAAUGUCUACCGCUACACAAAGAGAUUACAAAGUCAGGGAUAUGACUCACGAUAGUGACUCUGCCCAAAACAAGCGGCGUCCAAUAGAAAACGCCGAGCUAUCUACUAAGCUACAAGAAUCGACUGGAACCGAGAGAGAUGAUCUCGAAGCUACCGCAUUUGACCAUGUGGCUCUUAGGUCUCGACAACCCACUGUUUGGAUUCCCAAGGAUAACCUUGGGGUUAGUGAGGAUGAGAUUCGACAAACAAACCAGUUCGGGGGGUUGAUAUCUAUAUCCAGCUAUGGUGCUACUCUAGGUAAUCAAGGUAAUGUGUUGUGUCAGGAAAACCCGCCAGACCUUUCGAAGUUCGCUCGAGUAAAGUUAUAG